UACCUAUUUUCAUACAUUUAAUAUUUUUUUUUUAAUACAACAUAAAAUGUUACCUUGUGUAAAACAACUACUAAUAAUAAUUGUUUUUACAUCAAUAGUUGACGGAAGAAAAAAUAAUGGGAAAAACCAUAAAAACAAUGGUGAUCAAAAUGGGAUUUGUCAAACACCUAAAGAAUACUAUACUCUACAAGUAUUUGAAAAAUCAGUAACUUCUGAGUUUUUUAAGUCAGUAGGAAAAGAUGCAAGUGCUCACAUAUUUGGAGUGAAAGAUAAGAAAACUAAACAUAAAAAACAGUCUAAACCAAGUAGAACCGAGACUUGUUUUGACUCUUUGGAUUAUGAACAAUUUAAUACAUUUUACAUUGCCAAACAAAAGGAGGUGACUUAUUUAAGGUGUGACUUAAUCCAACCUAAAUUACCAUUUGUACCACCCAAUGUUAAAUGCGAAUCAAUUGGAGAAUAUUAUAUUCAAUUUGGUGUUAAAGUGUUCUAUAAUUUUUUUAAAUAUUUAUUUGGUGUAAAAAAAAAAAAAGAUAGAGAUGUGGUUUCAAAAGUAUUGCUUUUAGCACUUAAAAAAUUGGUUAAUAAAUAUAAUCAAAUAAAGGAUAAAAAAAAAAAAGCAAUUCACUACAUUAGGAAUGAUAUUAGUAUUAAUGAGUAUUAUAAAAGGAAAUGCAAUAAGAUAAUGUCACAUUAUAAUGCAUUUUAUACAUUUUAUACGACAAAAUAUACAAAUGAGAAAAAAGAGAAGGGUCAUGUUGAUACUGCAGAUUGUGAUUAUUUUAUUCGCAUACCUAGAGUUAAUGCAGAGCAUACAGACAAAGUGUAGUCAAUAGAGUCCAUAAAUUAUAGACCAUCAUAAAUUCAUGUUUUAGUGAAUUAACUUUUAGCUAAAUAAUGAUAUAAGUGGGCACCUAUUUUUAAAUUUCUUCGCAAGUAGAUAUUAACAAUUAACCUAACCUAACCUACCUAUUAAAUAUGUUACAUGUUAAUAACAUUAACAUAAGUAUUUAUAUUGUAAACCGAAAAAGUAAAAUAAAGAAAAGUCAUUAUAGAAUAUACCAUAGGUAUCUUCUUAUAAUACCUAUAUUAAUAUUAUUAUUAUUAUUAUUAUUUUUUUUUAAUAUUUAUAUUAUAUAGCUAAAUUUGGUAAAAUUAUUAUUGAUUUGUUUAAUACAAGACAAUAUAAAAAGACUAACGAUUAAUUAAUUACAAAUAAAAAGUAGACUUAGUAAAAUAUCCCAAAAUAGUAAAUUAUAAUUUAUAUUUAUCUAAUUUGCCAUUUAGUAACCAAUUUUUAUUUAAUUAAUUCUGUAUAAAGCUUCAGCUAACACUUAAUUAUUAACACAAAAUAUUUUUUUAGAUAUGCAUCAAAGCAAUUUAUAGUUAUUUAUUUCUAUAUCUGUUACAUGAAAUUAAUAAUAGAAUAUCAUAAGCAUAAAUUUAUAUUUUUGGAAAUAAUUAGAUAGGUACUCAAUUAGGUACAUAAAAGAUACAAAUAGACAUAAUAUUACCAAAAUUAAAUAAUUGUUAAAAUAUUAUAUAUGUAUAAUUGUUAAUAUAUAGUAAAAAUAAAUAUAUAUUAUAUAUAUUACUAAUCUACAAAAUAAUGAAUCAAGUUGGCAAGUAUCAAUCCUCUAAAUAUUAAAUACAAAAUGUAACAAAUCAUGCAGGUAAUAUUAUAUACUCGUAUCUACAAUUUUGAUUCAAGAAGUUAAUAUUUUCCUCAUACUUACCUGGUUUUUUUCAGUAUGACAAAUAGUAGAUGAAUCUCAAAUUAGUUAAUUUUAGGUACAACCUAAAAUUAGGGAGAUCGAUCGAUUAUAAUUAAUUACUGUCUCAUGUGGCAGAUAUGAGCUCAGAUAGCAGAUUUUUUUGACUAUUGAUUUCUCAUAAAAAAAUUGAAAAAACUACAUGAUAUUAGAAUAUAUAUUUAAAAUAAAAAUUCAUGUUUUCAAUAUUUUUUCUGUGUGAUUUUUAAUAUUUCAUAUAAAGUUAAGUUGAUUUAUAGAAAAAAAUUAAUUUUUAUAAUAUAUGUAUGUUAUAUAAACCCAAUAUUUAUUAAUUUUAAUGUUCGAUUUAUUUUAUUUAUAAAGUUAAUUUUAAUCCUAAAUAAUUCUAAGAUAGAUUUGACCAAAACCGGUAGUUAUCAAUAGUAAAUUGCAAUAAUAUUUAUCUGUUUAUGAAAUUAACUGUUUGUUUUUAACAUUAUUCUUUACAAUAAAAAAUAUUUAUAAUAUAUAUAAUAAGAACAUUUCAAUAACAUUUUUGAUGUGUAAUGAGAAAAAGUUGUUUUUUUGCUGAUUUAAUUUUUAAUAUAAAUAUUGUGUCUAAUUUUUAUUCUGUGUAUAACAGAUAAACCUCUUCAGCAAUAAGUUGAUGGUAAAUUAAUUGGUUACGAGUCGUGGUAAAUAAAUACCUUAAUGAAUAUGUAAGCAGAGGGACAGCUGAACAUAUAACAAUAUUAUACUAUUAUCAGCUGGCUGCCCACAGACAUUCAAUAAUAUUACUCAUUAUUUAGUAAGGAAUGCAUUUAUAAUAUCCAAAUCCAAAUUUUUGUUUGAAUAAGAUGUUUAAAUUAUGAUAAAAAUUAUACAUUUGUACACGAA